CUGCUAGUCACUGUAUCACUAGACCAGCGCCGCACAAUCACCUAACAGUAUCAGACAAGCGGCGCAGUCCUUACUCAGCAAACACGGUGGUGGGACGUGAAGCUCCGCUCUCCACUCGUCCUUUUACUGAUUCAACAGCACUCGCCAGAUAACGAUGGCACGCCCGGUCAUAGGGGUUGUGGUACUGGUGUUGGUGGUGAGCCUGGCGGGGUUGAUGACCUCUGCUUUGCCCCCGCCUCCCAUCGGCUCGGCAUUCGCUGAGCUGCUUACUCUCUCCGAAGACUACUGGGAGUGGAAGACUCAGGAGUUCCCUUAUUUUUCCACGAUGUUGGGCAUCAACGACGACACCGCAACCCGCCUGGAUUCGUACGACAAGUAUCGCCUGCAGCAGCGGAAGGCCAAGUGCGAGAAGUUCCUACAGCGGGCCAACAAGAUAGAUGCCGCCUCUCUCUCGCCGGAAGACUUGAUCACCCUGAAAGUGUUCAAAGAAGAACUGAACACCUACGUGCAAAACUUCCCUUAUAAGAAGUACUACAUGCCCGUCACCUUCUUGUCUGGACCUCAGAGUUCCCUCAAGUACUUGAUGGAGAAACUUGUGAUCCUUGACUCCUACAACGAUUACGAGAAACUCCUCUUAAGGUACGGCGACUUUCCCAGACAGGGACAGGAGAUCCUCACAUUGCUGAGGGAAAACAUGAAAGACAACAUCAUGCCCUCCAAUUGGUCCAUGAUGAAUGUGGUAGAUCAAUUUGACAACCUGAUCGUCCCAGUGAAUGAAACUUUGUUCUACGAACCAUUCGUCAACAUGUCUAACACCAUCACCGCCGAGCAGAGAACCACACUGAGGCAGCAGGCAGAAAACAGGAUCAAGAUGGACGUGCUUCCCUGCUUGAAGGAAAUUCGAAACUUUAUAAAGAACCAGUACCUGCCGGCCAUCCGUACUGAAGUGGGAGUGUCGUCGCUGCCCGGUGGAAAGGCUUACUACCAGGCCUGUCUAAAAUUCCACACCACCACCGACCUCACGCCGCAGGAGAUCCACGACCUGGGCCAGAAGGAGGUGGCGAGGAUCGAGGCGGAGGUGCAGAAGACGGCUACGGAAAUCGGGAUGAAAGGCAAGACUUUCUCUGAGAUCAGCCAAGCCCUCAAGAAUGACCCGGCACAAAGGUUCAGCAGCAAGAAUGAUCUCCUGGAGACCUUCAGAAGCACCAUCUACAACGAUAUCUAUCCCCUAGUGAAAGAAAUGUUCCCCGGCCUGCCGCAGGCGAACGUCACAGUUGUAGGAGAUGAUAACCCAGACGCCAUCUUUGCGGUGUACUCCGAUCCCUCCAUAGAUGGCUCGCGCCUCGGCUCCUUCAUCAUCAACACUCACUCUCACAAGUCCUGGAGGAAGUACGAAGUGAUGGCACUGUCCCUGCACGAGACGUACCCUGGCCACCAUCUGGAAGCCAUCUACACAAAGCUGAACCCUUCCAUUCCGAUCUUCCGCAAGUUUGUCGACUACACCUCCAGUAUCAACGCCCCAGCGAGGUUCCCGCUGCGCACUGCCAUAACCGAGGGCUGGGGCCUCUACUCCGAGUUUCUUGGAGAGGAACUCGGCCUCUAUACUGAUCCUUAUCAGAGGAUGGGCCGCCACUCCUUCGAGCUGCUGCGCGCCAGUCGAUUGGUGGUGGACACAGGCAUACACGCGCUAGGCUGGUCCAGGGACAGAGCUGUGGCCUUCCUGACGAACCACACAGCGCUGUCCGAUAGUAGCAUACAGAGUGAAAUCAACAGGUACAUCACGUAUCCAGGACAAGCCUGCUCUUAUAAAAUUGGAGAGAUCAAGAUAAAAGAGCUAAGACAGAAAGCCCAGAAAUCCCUAGGAACCAGUUUUCAGCUCGCAGAAUUCCAUAACGUCGUGCUGGGGUGCUUUGCGUCACUAAAAAUCGUGGAGGAGUGUGUCACGAGCUACAUUGUAUCCACUACACAAUGCCCAGCUUAAAUGUUCAGUUCUUACAGUGUUGCAGCACGUCAUGGAGCUACAUUUUUGUGAUGCGUGAGUGGGCGAGGUACUGGCAGCCUGCAGCCUGUACCUCGUGUUGUUUUUGCUAUUGCGUCUUACUUAUGUUUAUUUAUUACUCGUACAUUAAUAUACUCAUGAAUAAAAGUAGAUAGUAUGAAUGACUUGUGUGAAGAUAUUUUCUCUGUCUUCCUGUGUAUGUUUACAUCAUAGAUUUUAUUUAUUGCUUCUUUAGGUGAGUGGAUUGGUGUACAGGUAUACAAAUUAAAGAAAAUUAUCUGGUUCAGAAGUGUCGACAUCAAUAUUUAUUUAACAACAGAAAAACCAGAGAAGGAAUAUGAACGAUACUGAAUUUUCCUUAAAACAAAACAAUGUUCUCGAAAACAAUCUCCCUUUAUCAUCAACGAGAAAUGUUUUACUCACUACACAAUCAUUUGGGCUGGGAAUCUGGGCUCUUACAAAAGUCUUGGAUGGAAAACUUGAGUAUCCGAUGGGAAAUGGAGAGACUGCUGCUUGGCCUAACAUAGAGAUAAGAAUAGAAAAUAUAUAAAGAAGUAAAUCAAACACGAAAAUUUCUUGAUUACAAAGAUAAAAGUAAACGUGAACAUGAC